CAUCGUUUUCUUGGUUUUCUUUGUCAAAAAUUUGUAAACAGAAAACGAAAAAUUUCAGCCUCCCGUAAUUUUGUACGAUUUUGCUUCGGAAAAAACAUUUCUAACAUUCCAAAAUGGGGAAAGGAUUUAAUAAUUACAUGUGCAAAAAGUUUUUCCAUCCAGCUUCCAGAGAUAAUCUGAAACGGGUUUGGAUGGCAGAACAACAGGCGGAGGCUUACAAAAAGAAACAGGAAGAGCUCCGGAACCAGUAUGAAAAGGAACAGGAACUGCACGAUAACAAAGCAAUGCUCAGCAAGGAAAGUAAGGACAAGCUCAGCGUUAACUUUAUGUACGAACUUCCUCCGGGCAUGAAGAAGGAAAGGGAAAACGGAACGACCGAUGAAGCGGAAUACAAGUUUGAAUGGCAGCGCAAAUACAACGCCCCGAGGGAAAGUUACUGCAAGGGCGAUACGGAAAUUCGAGAUCAACCAUUUGGUAUCCAAGUUCGGAACGUGCGAUGCAUCAAAUGUCACAAAUGGGGGCAUAUCAAUACUGACAAAGAGUGUACCAUGUACAGCUUGUCAAUGAGCGAAGCGAAGAAAAUCCAUUCAGAGGCAGAAAGUAAUCAAAUUCUUUCGAAGAAUGAUUUGGAGCAAGGGCUCCGCGAAGAUGGACUUGCAAUGAAAAGAAGUGCUAAGGAGCUGUCCACUUCUCACAAGCUGGUAGAAGAACCAGGAAUGGACAAAGUUCAAACAGAAACCGAUUUUAUAAGAUCACUAUCAACGAAACAAAAGAAAAAACUUUUGAAAAAGUUGGAGAAAAUUGAGAAACGCCAUAAGCAAGAAAAGAAACACAAGAAAAAGCGCAGAUCUAGUUCUUCUAGUUCAUCCAGCAGCUCAGAUAGCUCCGAUCAUGAAAGGGAAAAGCGAUUGGCGAAGAAAAAGCCCAAGAAAUCUCAUCGCAAGGACGAGUCGGACUCGGAAGAUGACGAUCGUCGAAAGGCAAAUAAGGACAGAUCUAGAAAGCGAUCACACUCUCCGCAUGCCAGUCGACAUUAUGGCGAAAGCAGCAGCUACAGUAGACGAGAUCGCGAUCGUUCUCGUUCAAGGAGUCCAAGGCGUGACCGCAAAAGGCGUUAGUUUUAAACUUGAAUUAUUCCGAACUAUGUACGUUUAUUUUGAAUUAUAAUCAGUAUGACAUAUCAAUUGUAA